GAAAAACCAAACGGCAAGCUACUUCAACAGCAAUUUAAUGGCAGACCCACGUUUGAAACAAAUUCGUAUUAAAACCGGCGUCGUGAAUCGUAUCGCCAAAGAAAAACAAUCGUACGAAAAGGAAACGGAAACUGAGAAAAACAGGCUUUUAAAACUGAAAGAUAAUGGAGGAGACAGCCAUACUCUUAGAAAACAAGAAGAAGUCAUACAAGAAUCAGCUAUGAUGAUAACUGAUUGUCAAAAACGACUCACAGCAGCUUAUGCAGAUCUUAAAGCAAUUCUAGAAAAUGAGAAAGACUUGUCUGAAACUGAAGAAUUCCAAAAUGCAUCUAAAGCUCUUGAAUUAGCAUUGCCACACUUUUAAAAAGUGGUGGAUUGUGAUAAGUGCAUCAUUCAAUCUGAGUUGCAUCCUCAUUUGUCCUGAAUUCCUACACAAUAUCCCAUUGUGUGAAUAUUCUUGCUUUUCUAAACAAUUAACUGAAAGUAUACAAUGGCACAGUGGAAUCACAA